ACAAUCCUCCGUUCCGUCAAGUUCGAUUCAAAGACGAGAUCCAGUAUGGAAGAAGAGUGGACGAUCGAUCCCUAUCGCUCAGCAGAAAUUCCGUCCAUCUCCAAUCGAUUGGAAUUUUUAUUCGAUAAUCCUUUGCAGAUUCAAGAACUCACCUUCAAGGAAAAUUGUAAACCUUUAAAUGAAAUCCUCGACUUGACUUGUUCGCCAAAUUUGCAAGUUAAUCAAAACAUUGCCCAUAGCGAGCGAUACCAAAUCGUCAACUUUCAAAGACUCAUUUUCUCCUAUCACGCUAAUCGACUCUAUCUACGUGUGGUGGACGCCAAGUCAAGGCCAGUGGUUCUUGUGCUACCUCCAGAAAAUGUGGCAGCAUUUGUCAACAGCAGCAGAGACGCUUAUUCAACCCUAUUGGCAGAUUGGGACAGGGCACCGCCUGUCGUUAUUGAACUAUUCAAUUCAUCUUUCACCUUCAGCCACAGAUCAAGAUACGGAAUAUUAGUCUAUGAUUUCGUAUUUCGCAGCUGGGAACUCAUCGGUUUCAUCGCUCCACUCGGUUGUGAUAAAUCGGAAUCUGGUCAAUCUCCUAAUCCAAUUAUUCGUUUGAUUGAAUAUUUUCAACCAAAUUUGAAAAAAGUUAAUCGUAAGCGGACUUCAACUUGCCGAAAAAGGACAUCACCGAAAAACAAACCCAAUCGUUCAACUGCGCAAAUUUCGAAGUGAUCUAAUGCAACAUUUGUCGUUUUCAAAUAUAUGUUUACAAAAUCAAGAAAACCGUAAAAAAGAAGUGAAAAAUUUAUCGUCUACUGUCGAAUAAAAUGU